GUUUCUUUGCAGUCCUGUGUUAGACGGGCCAGACGGCAACAGAGAUGAAAGAGGGUGCAGAGAAGAGGAAGAAGAAUGAACCACAAAGGUUGAGAUGUUCAGUUCAGAACUACGCUUGGGGGAAAACUGGAGAAGAAUCAAAGGCUGCAAGGUUGUUCUCACUGAAUUCUGGUCUGGAUAUCCAACAGGAUGAACCAUAUGCAGAAUUUUGGAUGGGAACUCAUGAGUCUGGGCCAUCAUUUGUCAUUAACGACAGCAAAGUCAGAGAUUCUGACUCAGAGUUCAUUAGUCUAAAGUCAUGGAUUUUGGAAAACCCCAGUGUCCUCGGCAAUAAGAUUGUGAAGAAAUGGGGCACAGACCUCCCUUUCUUAUUCAAGGUACUUUCAGUAGCAAAAGCACUGUCUAUACAGGCUCAUCCAGACAAUAAACUAGCAAGGUUUUUGCAUAAACUGCAACCAACUCUUUACAAAGACAUUAAUCACAAACCAGAAUUGGCUUUGGCACUAACAGAAUUUGAGGCCUUGUGUGGGUUUGUCAGCCUUGAGGAGCUUAAACAUGUUCUUCAUACUGUUCCUGAGAUCAUAGAACUGGUCGGUGAUGAUGAAGCAGACCAAGUUCUCUGUGUUAAUGAGCAUUCUGGGGAGAAGAAAGUAAAAGUUGUUCUGCAGUCUAUUGUCACCCAACUUAUGUCAGCAAGUGAAAGUUCAAUCUCAGAAACAGUAUACAAAAUGAAAAGGCGUCUGAACAUGCAAAGGAAGGUGAGACAAUUGACAGACAAGGAACAACUAGUAUUACGUAUAGAGAAGCAAUAUCCUGCUGAUAUUGGUGUUAUGGUCGCAUUCUUCUUAAAUUACAUGAAGCUUUCUCCUGGUGAAGCAUUGUACCUUGGACCAAAUGAGCCUCAUGCAUAUAUAUCCGGUGAAUGCAUUGAAUGCAUGGCAACCUCAGAUAAUGUUGUGCGUGCUGGCCUCACCUCCAAGUACCGAGAUGUCCAAAAUCUUUGUUCUAUGCUUACGUACAAACAGGGUCCCCUUGAAAUUCUGCAGGGGGUUCCCUUGAAUCCUUAUACGAAAAGGUACCUCCCACCUUUUGAUGAAUUUGAGGUUGAUCACUGCAUUCUUCCUCAAGGAAAGUCCACAAUAUUUCCAACAAUCCCAGGACCAUCCAUUUUCCUGGUCACAGCUGGAGAGGGGAUAAUGCAAACAGACUCAUUUCGAGAAACUAUAUCAGAAGGUGAUGUCCUUUUCGUCCCUGCUGAUACUGAGAUUACUGUAACUACCACUCAAGGUUUGCAACUACACAGGGCUGGGGUUAAUAGCAGGUUUCUUUAUGAUAACUGAAUUUGAAGGAUACACUCGCUGUCAGCUUGUCAUCUGACAUGCUUUACGCAUUUUUAUGCCUGUCAACAUUGGAAUUACUGUAAACACCUUAGAAGGAUUCCAACCAGAUUGGGUGGGGUUGAGUAGCAGUUUUGUAUCUGAGAAUUGACUUUGACAGGAUGCAAUGGCCAUUCUAGGAAUACAGGUUGGAUUCUUUAUGC